UACCGUGUCCGUGCGCACAACGCCCGGAGUCGAACAACGCCCGGAGCACAACAUCUACACCAAACUUCAACGCGUGAGAACUCAACCACCAUGACAGGAAUUUCAGAUGCGCUUGCAGAGAUCGAAAACCUGAAGCCAGGAGACAAACUUGUAUAUACACAUAUUGCAGAAAAACAUGGUGUUGAUCGCUCUACGUUGUCGCGCGCGCACCAAGGCGUGCAGGGUCCCCGACGCGUUGCCCACGAAAACAAGCGCAAACUUAACAAGCAACAGGAAGCAGAUCUAGCGUAUGGUACAAAAUUUCGCAUCCUCUGUUGCCUCACAGCCCUGCUCCGAUAGCUGGGUUAAUCGCUUCCUGCACCGUCACCGCGAUCAGCUCACGUCCCAAUGGGCCACUGGCAUGGACUCUAAUCGCCACAACGCUGAGUCAGCAUACAAGUAUAAGCUAUACUUUAAGCUUCUGCAGCAGAAGAUUACCCAGUAUAAGCUUGAGCCAGAGCACACAUACAAUAUGGAUGAGAAGGGCUUCGCGAUAGGGGUGCUGGGUAGGAGUAAGCGGGUGUUCAGCAGGCGUCAAUAUGAGAAGAAGGAGGUUAGGCAGGCUCGUCAAGAUGGCUCACGUGAGUGGGUGAGCCUCUUAGCUACUAUCUGCGCUGAUGGUACUGCUCUUCCCCCAGGCAUCAUCUUUGCGUCAAAGAACUCUACUAUUCAGAGUCGCUGGGUAGCAGAUAUCCACCCAGGAAAACACUCAGUUCACGUCGCCUCUUCGCCCUCAGGAUGGACAAACAAUGAGAUAGGAUUAGCCUGGCUUGAGCAGGUGUUUGACCGCUACACUAAGCCAAAGGCGCGGUUAAAGUACCGCCUCUUAAUUGUAAAUGGCCAUGGGAGUCACCUUACGCAGAGCUUUAUUGAAUACUGUCACCAGAAACGGAUUAUACUGGCAGUGCUACCACCUCACAGUACCCAGACUCUGCAGCCACUGGACGUAGUCUGCUUCAAACCUCUCUCCUCCAACUACGCCUCUGAACUCGACAACUACCUCCAGGCAUCUCAAGGCCUUGCGCCACUGUCUAAGGGUGACUUCCAUGCCCUGUUCUGGCCUGCCUGGGUAAACACGUUCAAAGAAGACCUUAUAUUAAAGGCCUUCACAGCUACUGGUAUCUCUCCAAUAGAUCCCAACGUUAUACUGGAUAGGUUCCGCCACACCACCCCUGACGACUUAAGAUCAGUCUCCUCUAGUUCUACAGCUUAUUCUGCAGAGGAUUGGCUUAAAGCUUGCACUACACUUCAUGCAGAGGUCAAGAAUCACCGCAGUGUAGGCGCGCGGAAGCUGGGUCAAACUAUCCACCAUCUAUCAACUCAAGUAGAGUUGCUAAGCACUGAACUUGACGCCUUGCGCAAGAAGCUAUACCAAACCAGGAAGCGCCAGAAGCAACCUAAUAGACAAUUAGACUUGCAACAACACCAAGAAUAUCAUGGAGGUGCGAUGAUGUGGUCUCCUCGGUCCUUCCGGGAGGCGCGCGCUCGCAUGAGUGUUGCAGACCAUGAGAGGCAAGAGGAGGAGCUCAAAAAGGCAGAGAAGAAGGAUUCAGCUGCUGCUAAUAAGCUUUUCAAUGAGAAACUAAAGGAAGAAAAGCGUGCGGCAGCUGCAAAGGCAAAGGAGGUGCGUGAGCGUGAGCGUGCAGAGGAACGCGCAGCCAUUGAUGCGCGCAAAGAGCAGAGACGUAAGGAUAAAGAAGCUCGCAACACUGCAAAAGCUCUCAAAGUACCUCAAAGAGGCAAUUGCACAACCUCAAAAGCUUCUGCAGUCAAACAGAAGCCUGCACGUCGUGCUGUGGGUGCUCGUAGUCAUCCCAAGUCUGCGACGCCUCCGCUACCACGCGCAACUGUCACUACCAGGUCUGGCCGCACCGCCACAAGAUACCAGUAACUUUGUAUAAGAAACUUUGUUGCGUAGGCCUAUAGAAUACUCCACCAAAAAAAUUCACGAUAAUAAUUAUUGUACGUGGCUCUACAGCUUCGUCUUUGUAUUUGCAGUGCAGGGGUGGAG